AUGUCGGUCAACGGACUUCAGGCGGAAGUGGGGAACGUGGCGGGUGGGAGGGACGGUCGGAAGGACACUCGGCAGUUGGGAACGGGCGAAGGAUCAGACAAGAAUGGGACCACUACCACCACUGCUGCUGCCAAGGCGCAGACGGCCAAGAAGGCUGCCCUUAAGGGAACCGGCGGCAAGAGGGUGCACAAGAUCCGCACCAAGACCCACUUCUACCGCCCCAAGACCCUCAAGCUUGCGCGUACCCCCAAGUACCCACGCCGGUCUGUCCCCCGCACCCCCGAGCUCGAUGCGUACAAGGUCGUUCAGUUCCCCUUGAACACCGAGUCCGCCAUGAAGAAGAUUGAGGACAACAACACCCUCGUUUUCAUCUGCGACGUGCGCGCCAACAAGAGGCAAAUCAAGGACGCCGUCAAGAGGCUGUACGAUGUUGACGCUGCCAGCAUCAACACUCUGAUCCGCCCCGAUGGCAAGAAGAAGGCGUACGUGCGUCUCUCCGCCGAUGUUGAUGCUUUGGACGUUGCCAACAAGAUCGGUUUCAUCUAG